GCUGUGCCAUUAAGCUGUGGCUAAGAACUGCACGGAGUAGUUCACGCAAUGACCUGGAGCAGUCAGGCGCGGUUAGGGCAGCUAUAGGGGUCCUCCGUUGGGGUGACGCUGCUGCUACUCAGGCAUCUCUAGCGCUUCCGGACUGCGAUCCGCUGCUGGUGUGUAGGAGAGAUCCGCUCAGCUGCCACCAUGUUGGAUAUAUUCGCCUCCAUCCCCACCCAAAUGGAUUACAAAGGUCAGAAACUUGCGGAACAGAUCUUUCAAGGAAUAAUACUAUUUUCUGCAGUGGUCGGCUUUAUCUACGGUUUCGUCAUUGAACAGUUUGGCUGGACGGUGUACAUAGUGAUCGCAGGGUUUGCGGUGUCUUGCUUGUUAACUCUUCCUCCAUGGCCAAUGUAUCGCCGUCAUCCUCUAAAAUGGCUCCCUGUCCAGGACUGUGCUGUGGAUGACAAGAAACAGCAGGACAAGAAAUCCAAAAAGCACAAAUAAUUCCCACCUGCGGUCAUCACCAAGUCAGAGGACCAUGUAUGAAAAAUGGACUUGGGGGCAGAUUUAGCAACUAGUAUUAUUUCUUGUUAUCACUCAUUACGAAUGAUAAAUGGUGCUCCAGACAUUCAGCUCCUGUCAUGUUUCAAACACAUGACAGUGGAGCUGAUUGGCUGGAGCACCAUUUAUCAUUCGUAAAUUAAUGAUAACAAGAAUAUCACUCGUUGUUAAAUCUGCCCCUUGGACUGAUAUGUUUUCUGCUAAGCAGAACAUUGUGCUUAUAGGGCUUGUGUUCCAGGUAUUGUCUAAAUGUCCAAUAAAAACACCAAUCUGUUUUGUUUUUCCUUUUA